UCUUGUAACUUCCGGUAGAAGUUUAGUUGUGUUUGCGACUGCCAGCCGGUUACAAACACCAAAUAUACAUAUUUGUACGAAUAUUUUAAGCGUACGUAGCACAUAGGACCCAUGGAGUGCUUAAUCGGUGCAUGUUUUAAGGAUUUCGCGCUGCUAGCAGCAGACAAAACCUGCGCAUUCAGCAUAAUGGUUUUGAAGCAUGAUGAAGACAAGAUUCACAAGCUUAGCGAUAACCUCUUGAUGGCUGUCUGUGGUGAGGCAGGUGACACAGUCCAGUUUGCAGAAUUCAUUGCGAAGAACAUCCAGCUGUACAAGAUGAGAAAUGGUUACGAGCUAUCGCCGGCAGCAGCGGCAAACUUCACACGACGCAACCUGGCCGACUAUUUGAGGAGCAGGACUCCCUACAUGGUAAAUUUACUGCUGGCUGGGUAUGACAAGGCCACCGGUCCUGAGCUCUACUACAUGGAUUACCUGGCAGCUAUGGCUAAGGUCCCUCAUGGAGCGCAUGGUUAUGGCUCCUUCUUCACAAUGUCGGUGAUGGACCGGUACUACAGAGAAGAUAUGACCGUGGAUGAAGCGUACGACCUGCUGAAGAAGUGCAUCGCGGAAAUUCAAAAGCGUUUCUUGGUCAACCUACCAGCCUUCAAAGUUCAGCUAGUAGAUAAGGACGGGAUCAAAAAUUUGAAGGACAUUUCCAUUUUGAAAGAAAAUUGAGCUGCUGUGUAGGCAUUUCAUUUUGUAUGGUAAAUAAAACGCUUUGUAACAACA